AUGUUUGGGUUACGUUACCAGUGCUGCCUAGCCUAUGGGUCAGCUCUGUGUCGCCAGCACCCUUGCACUGCCACCACGGGAACCACUCACAAUGCACGCAAUGACUUGAGCCCCACAAGUAUCAUUCGAGGUGAACCUACCACCAGCACCUCCUCCUCUGCCCGCAUCAUCGCAGCCCAGUCAAGAGCACCAGCCUCCCAAUCCAACCCUCAUCAGUGGGUGCAAGGGUACAACUCCAUGGGCCAACACAUUGACGCUGAAACCUUUGUGAUGUGUCACCAAAACCGCGCUGCACGAGACCGAGAAGAAGAGUUGUCCGCAAAUAGCCUAAUUGACGAGAAGAGCAUGGCAACAAUCCAUCUAUGGGUUAAUCCUAAUGAAAAGCAGGCGAUCACUGCAAAGUUUCCUCAAUGGCCACUUGCUUGCCUUGAUCAAAGUCCACUGUUGUUACAGGCAGUCAUCAAGGCUGUGGGCUCUCAAUGGAACCAAGUGCUCACCUUUUGGGACGAGCAAAUCUACGCCUGGCACGACACCCUAGCGAGUUAUCCCCAUUGGUUCACUAGUCACACAAUUGUAGCGCGACUACCGACUGUCACCGUUCCUGAAUCUGCAAUUCCGCCCUCCAUGUGGAACCCUAAGACGGUGACCCAACCACCCUCUGCUUCCCAUCUUGAAACUGCCACGCUGGCGCAGCUCGCAACGGCCCUCAAGCAACAUCCAGACAUUCAAGAACCAACUCCGAGUACAUCAAGUACCCACAUUGAUUUGACUCAGCCUCUCAAUGAUGACAUUGAGAGCAAGCUUGAGCAAACAAACUUUGACGAGCCAUCCUCUUCAGUGACCGUCCAGAGCCUCAAGAAGCACUGGCCCCCAUUGGACUCCCCAGUUUCCAGCCUCCUUGAAUGGCAUCAGGAUACUGAAAACGGGAAUGUCAAGCUGAAGUGGAAGAGGCGUUGGGGCAGUGUAUGGCUGUUCAAUAAAUCCACUGUCUAUCAAUACCAAAAUUGGAUUGAAUUAGUCACCUACCCCCGAUUUCUUGCCAAGUACGGUUCUCAACCACAAGCUACUGUGGCCGAGGCUCGCGACUGCUACCAGGACGAGUUUGACAAAGCCGCGUAUGUUAAGGGCAAAGUUGAGGAGUAG